UAAUCCAGAGUUUAUAUGACGUGGAGCAGAAAUCAUUGCGGAUUUCCUAAUCCAAACAUAGUUUAUCUGGAGGAGAACUCCACAGAGGAUUGGUGCAGGGCUUGCAGAGCGUUCGGUAGGCGAAGGUCUGGUCAGACGCCGCCAGACCCACACUGGCGUAGCAGUGAGUGUGAGUCCCACGGCUGAGAUCGAUUGGUGCUGGAAAGUCUGUCCACAAUGGAAAGAUGGUGGACGACACUGCUGUGGUCCGUACUGUCAGGCGUAGCGGGGCUACUGGUGGCGGUGGCGGUCGACCUGGCUCUGCUGCCUCGAUCAAAGUUCUACACUUGGCGCUCCCUGAUUCUGACCUACCUGGUACGUCGUGCCUUCCAUCUGAUGAGCUUGUUCAAAUGGAGAAAAGCCAGCGCAGGAUACGCCUCUUUCUCAAGCGCACAAGAGAAGUUUGUACUGAAGACCCUGAAGCGGCAUGCAGACAGUGAUUAUGGACGGGCCUACCGACUCUCGGACAUGCACUCACUCGAGGAUUUUCGACGCAUGCAUCCGGUCACCGAAUACAGUCACUACAAGCCAUACAUUGAUCGUGUAAUGGAGGGUGAUCUGCGCGCUCUCUUUGGCCCAGGCGAAGAGGUCAUCGCGUUCUACUGUUCAUCGGGCACUACCGGCGUCAGCAAGCACAUCCCGAUGACGAAAUGCGGCCUCUUUGAACAAUACGUAGCCAUGUUAGGAGCCAUAUGUUAUUUUCCUUCGAACCUUCGGAAAAUCGUCUUCCUGCCGGUCGCACCUCGCUGGAGAUACUCCCCAUCGGGAGUGAAAAUUGGGGCAGGCUCAGCACACGCUCAGUCCUCUACAGGAAUUGCUUGUCAGUAUACGAUGCUACCAGAGGCUAACAUAUUUACCACAGCCUCGAAAGCACUUCACGUGGGCCUGGUGUUAGCACUACGAGACGUCCAAGUUUGCAUGUGGGAUGCCGGUUUUGUGUUUUCCCUAUGGAACCAGCUUCAUUUUCUUGAAAAUAACUGGCCUAGCAUAGUCGAAGACAUCCGCUGUGGCAGGCUCAGUCCGGAUCUCGAUGUCACGGAGAAGGAACGGAAGACGAUCAACUCCUUCCUCAGUUCCGACCCCGAGAGAGCUGCCCAGCUGCAGAGGGAGUUCGAACGAGGCUUCGACGGUAUCGUGCCGAGGAUGUUUCCUCAUAUGAAGAAGGUGAUGGCCCUUUGCUCUGGAUCCUCGAUGGACGUCUACAGUGAACGAUGCAAGCCCUACCUGGGCAAACUCUCGAUCACGUCAGCAAUAUACGGAGCUUCUGAAGGGAUAGUGGGUUUCAACAUUAAAAACCCUGGCGAACAACCUGCCUACGCCAUGCUCCCUAGGAUCAACUUCGUGGAGUUUCUGCCUGUGGACGAGUAUGGGGAGGUGGAGGAGGGCGCCACUCCGCUGCUGGCCUCAGAAGUCAAGAUGGACCAGCUGUACGAGGUGGUGCUGACCAACGCCACCGGUCUGUACCGGUACCGGAUGGGGGACGUGGUGCGCGUGGUCGGCUCCUACCACGGCACGCCCACCGUCGACUUCCAGUUCCGCGCCAAACAGAUGCUCAACGUGCACAUGGAGAAGGUGUCGGAGGCAGCGUUCACGGGCGCGCUGCGACGGGCCGUCGACGGCUGGCCGGACCACCAGCUGGUGGACUUCACCACUGCUGAGAGCGUGCUGGACCCAGCCGCUGCCGGUGGUCAGUCGGCCGACUCGGCUGGUUCGCCUCCCUACUAUCUGGUGCUGCUCGAGCUCUCCGGAUCCUCGCUGCCAUCACAGCGAACUGACGACAUCGACGCCACCCUGCAGCAAGAGCACUUUGUGUACCGGUCGUUCCGCGUCAAGUCCUCGAUUGGUCCGAUGAGGGUGGUGCGUGUUCGCCCGGGAACUUUUGCUGCCUAUCGUCAGCACGUCUUUGAUACCACUCAGACCACUUUGAAUCAGUUCAAGCAGCCUCGAGUUCUUCGAACGGAGGAACAGGUCAAGUUCUUCCUUGGUAGAGCGUUUCCAACGGAGAAAUGAGUCAGGCUUUUCUUCCUGACGGCUAUUCAUCGGCAGUGCUUAUUUUCAUUAGCGGUGAGCAGAGCUGGGAAGCGUUGAUGAACGACAUAUGCGUAGACAUAAUCUGUAAGAUGCUGUAGUUGACAGCUGACUGGAUUCAGCUUUGAGCUUUCGACAAGCAAAUACUUGCAUUGCACAUGCAAACAUAAUGAUUCAGGCUCUUGGCUCUUCAGUCUUCACACAUAGGCGCCACAUGGAUAAUGUGAAUUUGCGUGAAGAAUGGACUAUCGCUAGUGAAUGCCGCCUGAAUAGAACUUCAAGGGCGUUUGCCAGCGUCGAGUAGUCAUUAGCCGGAUUCGCUUACUGAGAAGCCGAGAGGUAGUACGGCAUCGAUGACAGAUGGUUCAGUGCUUUGCCAGUUUUAGACUUGGCGUUUGCACGCAGGGAGUCGCACAGGACCACAAGGGUGCAUUUUAGGCCCAGUGUUUUGUGUAACUGGGGCUUGGCAAAGCACGUCGCACGGGAAAAUAGCAGUGUAUGUCAAUGAUGCUUAGUUUGAAUGAUAAACGUGUUUUGUUGUCUUCCUUCUAGAAUAAAAAAGCUGUGAGGAAGAGGCUAGC